AUGGAAAACUCGCAAUUAUCUUUAGUUCGAUAUUCAAACAUGAAAAUAAUAGUAGUCAGUCUUUUGUUGGUGAUUUCCUUGGUGGCACAACACCAGGCCAGCGCAAAAAGCGUGGCCAAUACCUUGGCCAACCAAAUCGGUCAGGAUGCCUCCAUUUUCGGUAAUGAAUUGGGCCAAGAGGUCAUUCAAUAUGGCCAAGAAGCCGCUAACAGCGGCUUGAAGUAUGGAGAAGCAGCCGAAAAUGCCUCAUCUGGUUGGGAACUUGGAAUGGAUGGCAACAUUUUCGGCCACGAAUUGGGAGAUGAGGGCGAUUUGUUGGGUCAACAGGUAUCCAAUAGCGCCAUUAACUUUGGACAUCAAGUCUCCCAGGAAGCGGAAGAGGCAGCCAGUGCAGAACUCAAAGCCUUGGCGAACCAGUCGGCCAAUAAAACUAAGAAAUCCGUCAGUAAGCGUGAUGUCUCAAGUGCCAACGAGACUCCUUCGGUCACCUGUGCUUGCACCUGUUCCGAUGAUGGCGCCGCUUCCAAGCUGGGAAACAAGGUGGCAGAGUCGGCCGGAAAGGCAGCUCAUGAUGUGGCCAACGCUGCUGGAAAUGUGGCCUCGAGUGUAGCUGGCGCCGCUGGCACCAUUGCUCACGAUGCCGCCGGUGCUGCAUCUAGUGUUGCAAGUGCUGCUGGACACAUCUUCCACGACGCUGGAAAGGUUGGCGGUGACAUUGGAAAUGCUGCUGGAAGCGACAUUGGAAAAGCUGCUGGAAACGCUGCUGGAAAUGUGGCCUCGAGUGUAGCUGGCGCUGCUGGCACCAUUGCACACGAUGCCGCCGGUGCUGCCUCUAGUGUUGCAAGUUCUGCUGGACACAUUUUCCACGACGCUGGAAAGGUUGGAGGUGACAUUGGAAAUGCUGCUGGAAACGCUGCUGGAGAUGUCGCUGGAAGUGCAGCAAAUGCUGCGUCUAGUGUUGCAAAUGCUGCUGGAAAUGUCGCUGGCAGUGCAGCAAGUGCUGCUGGAGAUGUGGCUAAUGCUGCUGGAAAUGUCGCUGGAAGUGCAGCAAAUGCUGCUGGAGAUGUUGCAAAUGCUGCUGGAAACGUCGCUGGCAGUGCAGCAAAUGCUGCUGGAGAUGUCGCUAACGCUGCUGGAAAUGUUGCUGGAGAUGUGGCUAAUGCUGCUGGAGAUGUUGCUGGAAGUGCAGUAAAUGCUGCUGGAGAUGUUGCUAAUGCAGCAGGCAAUGUUGCUGGAGAUGUUGCAAGUGCCGCUGGAAAUGUCGCUGGCAGUGCAGCAAAUGCUGCAGGCAAUGUCGCUGGGGAUGUUGCAAAUGCUGCUGGAAAUGUAGCUGGAGAUGUUGCAAAUGCUGCUGGAAAUGUAGCUGGAGAUGUUGCCAAUGCUGCUGGAAAUGUAGCUGGAGAUGUUGCAAAUGCCGCUGGAGAUAUUGCACAUGAUGCAAGCAACAUUUUCCAUUCCAUAUUUUAGAGUAUCUCUCUACUUUUUACCCAUUUAUCCUAAUAAAUGAACGAGCAAAUU